GGCCGAGACCAGGAGGGCACGUCAUCUCCAUCAAUCAGGGACUACUGUUUCUCCUCAGAGGAAUGUCCCCACGGUCCUCCGGCCGCCUGACCAUGCAUUACUUGGACGCACGAGAGGCCGGGCAUGAAGUGCAACCCCGUCCAAUGAUUAUGCAGGGGAGAGGUGAUAAUGACUUCCUAUAAAGAGUUGACGGCCGAAGGGGAGAGUAGCCCUCUGUUCACGGGCUGCCGCCGAGCAAAAGAGGUCAUAAACCGGGACCCGGGCGGCAGGACGCAUCCUGAACUCGCCAGUGGUGGGGAUGAGGAGGGUAAAUUGGAGGUGAAAGCCGCCUCGGGGAUUACAGCUCCGCGUCCCCGGUACUCGACUCUCUCCAACAGUUGCACCUUUUGGGACAACUCUCCUCCUCCGGCGUGCGAGACUCCGGAGAGCUCCGCGCCACUGGCCUGCCCCCACUCGUCCCGUGUCCCCUGGCGGUGCAGAGCGCAGGAGCAGGGCUCACCAGGACGCGGGCUCUGCGCGUCAAAUGACAACGAAACGCUACGAUCCGGUUUUAGUUCACUAGCCGAGCAAAUUCGCAUCUACUCUCGUAAUGGCCCCGACAUUCACGUCGCCACGGGGAGCUCAACCGGCUCUGACUGCAACGUGACUCGUGUGGAUGUAAGCAGCAAAACUUUUGAGUGGAUGAGAGUGAAAAGGAGUCAGCACCGGGCGGGCAGGAUUCACAUGACCUGUGGUUUCAGCGUCGUUAACUCGGGCCUCGGUGUCGACGAGGCUGGACCCGGAAGCGUCUGCGCGAGUGACCGUUCCACGGUGAACGGGCCCCCGAGGACGAGCUUCAGCACCAAGCAGCUCACCGAGCUGGAGAAAGAGUUCCAUUUCCACAAGUACCUGACGCGGGCCAGGCGCGUGGAGGUCGCCGGCGCCCUACAGCUCAGUGAGACGCAGGUGAAAGUUUGGUUUCAGAACAGACGCAUGAAGCAGAAGAAAUUACAGAGGGACGGGCUGCUCACAGGCCCGGGGACGGCGGCACCGCGCCCACGCGCCGACCCGUUGGACACCUGCCUCUCUCCCGGACGGUCCUCGUCCGAACACCUGUCCCUGAACUCCUGAACUGCGCGGGGGCCGCGUCACGCGUUACGCACGCGAGGGCGCAUGCCUGCAGAUGCUUUGAUUGCCUUUUUUGCAUCGGUUUCAAUCAGGCGUCACCUCGAUUUGCUUACCACGAUGGAUUCGCAGCGCUAAGAAGCACAAUGGCAGGUUCGUCAUGCAAGAACAGAUCAAAACAAUUUGUCAUCCUCCCUCGGCUUCCGACUUUUGCUGAUUUGAAUAUUAAAAUUCAAGUCAUUGCACCGCGCUCCUAUCUACACAAUGAAAACAAGCAAACAAAAUGAUAUUAAUUGUCCAUAGAAACUGUGGCAGACUAUUUGUUUAUUUAUUCGGAACAAAUUAUCCAGGAUUUGACUUUACGUGAAUAUAUAUUCAAGACGAAACCGCCUUUGUGUACAAUAAUAAUUAUGUGCACGUAUUGAAUGUACAUUCGAUCAUAUUCAUUCUAUUUCGAAUCAAUUUUAAUGGGAUUAUUUAAAUAAUAUACUGCUUUCUUAAUCAAUUCAAGUUGUAGCGUUAUUCGAUUUUUUUUUUGUUUCUUUAAAAAGCUGUUUGUAUCUGAAUAUUUGAAGAAAAAAGUCAAAUGAAACUGUUGUAGAACAGAAAUACCAUAAACAACCACAUCGCACAUAAUUGUCAGGCUAAUUUAGCGAAGCUUUGUGUAUUUUCCGGUUCUAAGGUUUUCGUUCACGGAAAUGAAAAUGCCACAAUUGACUGAUAUAUGUAUUGAUUACUAUUAUUAAGAAUAUCCCUACUAGUAUAUCUAUUUGAGGCAGAAAUCUUUGUGAAUUUGCUUGCUUCUGUAACUGCAUCUUAAUGGAAAGUCUAGAAAAAUCUCGGUCGGGAAUUGUUGCGUCUUUUAUUGCCGCUUUAUGCAUCAGAGAAUGAUAAUUUGGCUUGAACGCUCAUGCGGGAGAGCCGACAAUAAAACGCUGUCUGUGCUGUUUUGCAGAUCAACCAAUAAACUGUUUGGACCCAGCAGUUCCAUCUGCUAAAUAUUC